AAUGCUAUAAAAAGAAUUGCAAUUUCACACCUAGAAGUAACACCACAAACUAGAGAAACAAAUAUAAGCCUGCCCAACGCAAUCCAACAUACAUAUGAUCCAAAUUUCUUCAAACAUGGAUGGUCUUAAAAUUAUCCUACUCUUUGCUAUCCUUAUUUCUUUUUCAUCUGCCACAACUGUCGUUGAUUUUUGCGUAGCAGAUCUCAGCUUUCCAGGUGGACCAGCAGGAUACCCUUGUAGAAAUCCAUCUAAUCUUACAGUGGAUGACUUUGUUUUCUCUGGUUUAGGUGUUGCAGGUAACACGGAAAAUAUUUUCAAUUCUUCUGCAUUUUUAGCUAUCGACACAACUUUCCCUGCUUUGAAUGGUCUAGGCCUUUCCAUGGCACGAUUAGACCUUGGUGUAGGUGGAGUUAUUCCAAUUCACUCACAUCGAGUAUCAGAAGUUAUUCUUGUAAUCGAGGGGACGAUAAUUGCUGGUUUUAUAGGAUCAGAUAACACCCCUUAUUACAAAACAUUGAAAAAGGGAGAUAUUAUGAUCUUUCCACAUACAUUACUUCACUUUCAAGUUAAUAUUGGUAAAACUCCUGCUCUUGCAUUUGUUAGCUUGAACAGCGCAAGUCCCGGUUUCCAAACCACUACCAUUGCUUUAGCUGCAAAUGACCUUCCUACUGAUGUUAUUCAGAAGAUCACUUUGUUGGAUGCUACGCAGGUGAGAAAGUUGAAGACAAUCUUUGGCGGAACUAAUUUAUAAAAACUCCAAUGAUAUCUGAAUAUAUAACAAAAAAAAGCACACUUAUAAAUAUUUAUUGCUAGAAUCCAUUUUAAUUUAUGUGUGUAUCCAAGUAUGAUAUCCUAAUUUAUGUGUCAUGUUUAUCUCUGUACAUAGAUGCAGUUGAGACUUUGAGUGGCUGUACAGCUGUACUGUAUAUGUAAUUUUAUAUAAAAUGUAUUCGGUAUGUUUUC